AUGUCUCAUCACACGCCUCAUCACCAACUGCCUCAUCCCAGUCUUAAUCAACCAGAUCAUCGCACCGACAAAACCCUUCUCGCUCGUCAUGAAACAUUCAAAGGAGGUCUUAUCCCAGACGCCAUAAAAAAAAGUUAUGUUCAACAACAACUUCCUGUUCGUAACCAGAGUCUUGCAGCCUUUAACACACCUCUAAGAAAUUUGAACAACAACAACAACAACAACACUAAUGGUCUAACCAGGGCACACACACACACUCACUCGCCUACACCUUCACCAAUUCCUAUCACAAUCGCAAAGGCAUCAUAUCGAGCCACUAGCUUCCACCCGCGCUCAAAGCCACCCUCAUCGCCUCCUCCCCCUAUGCCUAAAUCACCUUCUAAACUACCAACUUUUAUCAUUGACCCCUGUCCCAAAGACGAAAAAGACAAAAAAAAUAAUGAUAUUAAUGAUAAUAAUAAUGAUAAUAAGAUUUUUUUAAAUGACUACAGCUAUAAUAAUUAUAACUAUAAUGACAAUAAUAAUGACAAUUUGUCUGUAAAACCAAAGACCCCAAUUCCAACCAAACCAUCGAAACGCCUGGGAUUAAUGGUCAAAAGAUUCAAUUCAAACCGCUCGAUUAAUUCUAAUUCAGAUCUCAGUGACAACGACAAUGAUAACGAUAAAGACAAUAUCCAUCUCAGUGUUAAUGCCAAUGUUAAUGCUAGAAAUGAAAAAAAUCAGGAGCACAACCACCAACAAGAACAGCAACAGCAACAGCAACAGCAACAGCAACAGCAACAGCAACAGCAACAGGAAGAAGAAGAAUUCAAUUUUAGAGACAGACCUCCAUCAUCUAUUAUAUGCAGUCUUCCUAUUUUUGACCUUGAUGGCGUCGUACCUGAAUCUCCUGUAAUUGAAUUGCCGCACGAAGAUGACAAUGACAAGGAAGAUGAAAAUGAAAAUGAAAAUUCUUGGAUUGGAGAAACACCAACACUAACAUCAACCGCAUCAUCAUCACCAUCUGGCUGUGUUUCAUUUGAGACGGUCGAAUUGAAAGGUCCCCUUGAUCCUGUAUCUGGCCCAGCAUUUGAAUGUCUGGUCGAAGACCCAGAUGAAAUAGACGAUAGUUUGAGUUGGAAGGUACCUUCACCUGUAUUUCCACCCUCAGACUGGUAUCAACGUGGCAGUUUAGGAGGUAUCAGUCCCAGCCGAUCAGAAUCAAGUUUGUCUCUCCAUGAACCAUUCCGUCGUAUGUCUACCGACACUGAGCUCAGUGACUCAAUUGACUCUUUUCCUGUCUCACCAUCCGAUGGUCAAGCAUCAAUGUUCCUGAAAAUGCAACGGAAACAAGAAGAGCAACGGAAAUCUAUAUAUGCCUAUCGUACUCAGAAACCGUUGGUGAUUUAUCCAGCAAUGUUAUCGCGUGUGGCUCGCGAAAUGUAUCGCCGCAUACAUACAACUCACCUUAUAAAGGAUGAUAUUCAAUAUCACCAUGUGUUUAGUGGAACAGAAGCCGUGGACUGUUUACUACAUAUCAUUCGAACCAAAGACCGUAAUGUGGCUAUCUUGGUUGGCCGUGCUCUGGGUGAACAAGGCUUUUUUCAUGGGGUUCCGAAAAAGGAAAGACUACGAGACCUUUCAAAAAAAAUCUAUCAAUUCAAGGAUUUUGGUGGCAUAAACUCAACAGAUGAUUCAGAUUAUUUGGAGUCGAGAGAAAAAGAAGAAAUAUUGUCAGACAACCUUCCCAACGGUGUAUUUACUGUCCUGACCGAGUGCUACUCCCCUACCUGCUCCAGAGAUCAACCUUGCUACAGUACCAGUUGCCCAAGAAAAUUAAAGACGGACCAUUAUCAUCGUUACAAUAGGUUCUCAAGCGAACUCAAAGCCAGGCAUCAUUACAGGAAAAGGCAAGCCAGUUAUGUUGAGGUUGAUGAAGCCAAUCGGUUGUGGUUCCAUUCAGUCACCAAAGAAGUUUUUGAAGCCACUUCACCUGAAGAAAGAAAACGACAAGAAUUAAUUUUUGAAUUGAUUUAUACUGAAGAAGAUUUUGUAAAGGAUCUUCGUUAUGUCCAAAACUCUUGGGUGAAACCUUUGAUCAAAGAAGAUAUUAUUCCUGAUGAAGAACGCGAGAAUUUUGUCCAAGAAGUAUUUUGGAAUCUUUCGGAUAUCGAAAAGGUCAAUGGUCCUUUUUCAGAUGCAUUGAAAAGCCUUCAGGAAAAGAACCCAGUUGUGGGAAAUAUUGGAGAUGUACUGCUCACACACGUGUGUCAAUUUGAUCCAUUUGUUGUAUAUGGGUCUCAUCAAGUUAUCGGUAAAUUCUAUUUUGAGCUUGAAAAGAAGCGCAAUCCAGUCUUUCUACAAUUUGUUCAGGAAACUGAACGAAAGCCAGAAUCUCGUCGAUUGGAAUUAAAUGGUUACUUAACGAAACCAACCACCCGACUGGGCCGUUACAAUCUCUUGUUGCGCGAAAUCUUGAAACGCACACCAGAAGGAAGUCCAGACAAAGAAACGAUUCCACAAGUAAUGGAAAUCAUCACAAGAUUCUUAGUCCAGCUCAACUCUGAAACUGGAAAGGCUGAAAAUCGCUUUAACUUGGAGCAAAUAUCAGAGAGAUUGACAUUCAAAUCAUUAUCAGACAAAGUGGAUCUAAAACUAUUGACUGAAGGACGAAGGGUGGCAAUGAAAGGAAGAAUGAAGCGCAAGGGAAAUAGCACAUCAGAUGCCUCUGAUUUACAACUCUUUUUGUUUGAUCACUACCUGGUUUUUGCCAAAGUCAAAAUGGAGAAUCACGUGGAACAUUACACAGUACAUUUAAAGCCUAUUCCACUUGAACUAUUAUCCAUAACCUUGGUGGGUGGUAGAGCAAAGAGAGCCAGUUCACUUCUUCCUUAUAGUAGAUCGGGUACUAUCAACAGCCAGAAUACUGCGCCUCUCAAAUCAUCUUCGGCCGACACCCGUGCAAAGUCCGGAGGGCUUGGAAUCACAUUUUAUCACCACGGACGUAAAGGCUCUUCUCCACUUACGCUUUAUCUCACUGGAGCAACCGCUCGAAAGAUGUGGGUGACUACGAUUCGCGAACAGCAGCAGAUCUUGGCUUCUCGUCAACAGGUAUUCCGUGUCGUUCCAAUAGUCGAACAGUAUUUCAUGUCUCAUAACAGAAUCCACAAUUCACUAGAAUUAUCUACUACUGGAAAUACAGAAUAUAGCCGUAGACUUUUGAUCGGUGCGGACCAAGGUGUCUAUUACAUCCAGACGCCAGUGAACCAAUCACCCGACAAGGCUGAUGAUGAAGAUGAGAAAAAGGAUAGCGAGGAACAAUUAGCCAAUAGUUAUAAAGUCACCAAGAUCAUCGGUCUUGAGAAAGUAUCGCACGUCGAGGUUAUUACGGACUCGCACAUCUUGGUUCUGGCUGAAAAGACACUCUGGAUGUUCCCAUAUGAUGUUCUUUUGUCGGACACGAUUGUGUCCAUCAAACGUGGGCGGGUCAUUGGCCAGAACGUCGCGUUCUUUCACGUUGGCCAGUGCAUGGGAAAGUCUCUGGUGUGUGUGGUCAAGACAAACAAGUUGUCGCCAACAACGAUUCGAGUGCUUGAGCCGAUGGUAGCAGAGGAAAACAAAAAGAGUCGGUCGGCGUUCUUGAUCAAGAGGCUCGUGGCCCGUAGUUCGGUAGAUGAAGGCCUAAAACAUUAUAAGGAUCUUUAUAGACCAAGUGAAGCAUAUUCGAUCAGUUUAUUGAAUACAAAGAUGUGUAUUGCCUGCCCACUUGAAAUCGAUGUAGUUGACAUGAAUACCUUUGGAGUACAAACUCUUUUGGACCCAGAGGAUGAAGAACUUGGUUUUGUAUUCUCAAAAACUGAUGCACGACCUUUAGCCAUGUAUCGUACUGGAAAGUCUGAAUAUUUGGUGUGCUACAAUACCUUUGCAUUCUUCGUUGAUAAGAAAGGAAGAAUGAAGACAGAAAAGGGUCGUAUUACAUGGGAAGGAAUACCAGAUAAUUUUGCUCUUUGUUAUCCUUAUAUAAUUGGCUUUGAAGCUGAUUUUAUCGAAAUCCGGAAUGUUGAGACGGGUCACUUAGAGCAAUUGAUCCGUGGAACGCACAUUCGACUUACUAGUAGUAAUACCAACGCUGAGAAAGGAAUCAUUCAGGGUUCAAUGAAUGAUCCUGAUAAGGAAGGUUAUCAGCUUAUGUUCCAAUUAGAGUCGCUUGAGACUUUACAAAAGUUACCCGAUUUUUAA